CCCCCACUUUGCUGGGGGCAGGAAGCUGGUCUGCUGGCCUAUGCCAUCUUCUUUCCUAACUGCCACACCCGUUGCUCCUGUCUUCUCUUCUGGGAUCCCAGAGCCCCAAGAUCCUAACUCUGAUCUCAACCCAUUAGCAUGAGUCCCCAGGUACCCCACCUGCUCUUGAUCUUGCUAACAGGUUGGGGUUCAAGGUGGUACCUACAUGGUGUUCUAGAAGGCCAAAUACUGAAGCUGAAGCUGAAAUCCUUUGGCUCCAUGAAGAGAAGACCCUGAUGCUGGGAAAAAGUGAAGGUUCCUGAGUCCCUGACCUGCCCCACUGAUGCUCUCUCCCAUGUUUCUCAAAGUGACUGCAGCCCAGACACCUCCAGCUUACCCCCCAGUCCAGGACCCUAACUGUGGACCCCUGUCCCUGCCCCUGCCCCUGCCCCUGCCCCUCCUCGUGGGGCUCGUAGCAGCUGAUGCACUGAUGACUCUGCUCAUCGUGGGCGCCGUGUUUGCCUGUGCUCGGCCCCGGGGGGCCUCCCGAAAACCAGAGAAUAACAGGGUCUACAUGAACAUGCCUGGGAGAGGCUGAGCCCCAUGGCACCCCCUACCUUGUGGACAGAUGCCCCUAUCCCCUUCAGAGGAUCCUGGCAUCCCCAUCCAACCAAAGAUAACCCGCCCCUUGGACCACCUACAUUGGAGAGUCUUCCUUCACUUUGGAAAUAAAGGAAUUAAUUCUUA